UUGGCUUGAUUCUAAUCAAUGUUACGAUUACGGGAUUCGUUACGAAGUGUGCGCUGUUGUUGGAAGGUUAUAACCUCCUCCAAAUAACAUUGCAAUCUUAUCUUUUAGAAAAUAAUCUUUUGUGUUAUGUUUUUUGAAAAAAUAUGUUUAUAUGAUAAAAAUAUGAUAUGAGGUUUGCAAUUUCUUAUGAAUGAGUGAUUAUGAAUACUUUACGCCGCCUUACUUCUGAGUUCAUAAAUCUCAACCGUAGUACUAAAAAUUACUUAAUUACUAUCAAGUCAUGUCAUAGUUCUAAACUGCUUGAAAAUAGUAGAAAUCAUUGUUAUUACAUAAAGCUUGUCAAUUACCACAUUGACGUUAAUCAAUAUAGUAGCUUCAUUGAAUUUGGAAAAAAAACAGUGAGAGAUGAAGAAAAACAAAAUAUUUACAAUAAUAUGUUGAUUUUUGAUUCGUUUUUGAGUGCAGAAGAAGAAAAUUCUCUUUUGAAUGAAAUAGAGCCGUACAUGAAGAGACUGCAUUAUGAAUUCAGCCAUUGGGAUAAUGCUAUUCAUGGAUACAGAGAAACUGAGAGAUUGAAAUGGAAUCAAGAUAAUACGAAGAUAAUCAAUCGAGUUCGUGAAUGUGCUUUCCUACCUGGAAGUCCCCAGCUUCGUUAUGUGCAUAUUUUGGAUCUUGCUGAAGAGGGUUUUAUAAAACCGCACAUAGACAGUGUUCGGUUCUGUGGAAAUACGAUAGCUGGGCUAAGCCUGCUUACUGAUUCUGUAAUGCGACUUGUCCAUGACAAGGAUAAAUCCAAGGUUAUAGAUGUUUUACUAAAGCGUCGCUCACUCUACAUCAUGAGGGAUUCCGUGAGAUAUGACUACACACAUGAGAUUUUACCCAAUCAGGAGUCAAAAUUCAAACAAGAACCUGUUAUUAAGAAACGACGGAUCUCAAUAAUUUGCAGAAAUGAACCAACUCCAUCUAGUUAACGCAAUUUAGUAUUUUAAGUUCAAUUUAUUUUUCUGUAAAAUAUUAUUACUCCUUCCUAGUUGUAUGUAAAAUACUAAGACUGUUAUAGAUAUAAUGACUCGCCUUUGGCUCAAAGCUGCCUGCAUGUCAAAUUGCUGUUUCUUAGAACUCGAAGUAUUGUACCUAUAUAUCAGUAAGUGAAUGAGUCAGUGAAUCAGUUUCACAUGCAGCUGUAUAUGUUACAUUUAAGACAGUUUUAUUAAAUGUCCAAAAAAUUCAUAAUGUACAAAUAUUUUUGAAUAUGUUAUACUUGAACUUAGUGUGAUAUUGUAUAUUAAAGUGAUUUUCUGGUGUUUACAUGA